GGGAGUCAAAUUUACCAACACAAUGAGUAAAGAACACCAAAUGGCUCAGCAUUUUGUACAGUGCCAACUCUGUACAAAUAACGUUCAAUUUCUAUGUAAACCUUGUAAUAUUAAACUUUGUGAAAAUUGUGUGGGCGGUCAUCUACAAAAUAAGACCCCGGAAGCUCAUAGAUUCAUUCAUUAUCACAAGUUCCGAGGACAAAAAUCAGUAAUGGACGAACCGGAAAUUCUUGCCGUUAUCACAUGCCCCUAUAACAAUAUGCUGGAUAUAACACGACAAGGAGACAGCUAUUUUUAUGUUUGUAGCACACUCAGUCGCCACAUUUCUAAACACGAUUUCAGACAAAAUCUGGCAACAGACAGCAUCCUUGCAGAUUUGUGGCCCCGACGACUGGCAAUUUUUGGAAAUAAUAUCAUAUAUACAGAACGGAACAAUAAUGCUGUUAACAAAGUUACGGACAAGGAUGGAACUCAGAUUCUUUUUAGUACUGGUGAUUGGAAUGUACAUGGAAUAGCAUGUACUGGGUCUGGAAAUAUUCUCCUAGGUUUACACAAAAUAAAAGUUGGAAAGCUCGCAGUAUUUGAUAUUAAAGGAAAUGUGCUCAAAGAAGUCGAAUCAAACAAUGGGAACCCCUUAUAUACAAAUCCUUAUUACGUCACAGAAAAUACAAAUGGCGACUUGUGUGCAGCAGACAUUGUACUUGCUUCCGUGAUCGUUGUAGACAACACUGGCUUGUUCCGGUUCUCCUAUACUGGAAAUCCGUCAAUUGCUAAAGGAUUCGAUCCACAUGGCGUUGCUGCUGACAGUCAAUCAAAUCUUGUCAUUGCUGAUUGGAUAACACGGAAGUUGCAUCUUAUUGACGAAAAUGGAUAUUUCUUACGUUGUUUUGAUUUCUUUGUCAGUGAGUAUAUGUCAGAGAUGCCUACCGGUGUUUGCAUUGAUCAAGAUGAUUUACUCUUUGUCUGUGGAUACGAUAGUGUAAAGGUCAAGGUCAUGAAAUACUUGCAUUAAAAGUCGAUGCGUUCUCAGUCAGUGGCGGAUCCAGCAAUGUGAAGGGGUUUGCCAAGCUCUUACAGUGAAAGGCAUCAUUAUAGUGUAUCUUUUUUAUGAUUUGACUUGCCAUUCGAACCGUAGACUUUGUCUUGAUUAAUGUAACGUUUUACAUCCACAAUUAAAUUCAGUUUCACAAAGUUAUUCUUUAGCCAGUGAGUUGAAAAUACCUGUAAAUCUUCAACGCUAAGCAAGCUUGAUCCGCCAAUGAUCGUUGAUGGUACCAGCAGCAGAUGCUUAAUCUUUCAAGCUCUUCUUGAUAAGAAAUCAAAUUUACAAUAAUAAUGAGUUUUAAUAUAAUAAUACACGAAGGAAAUGACACAACGAAAGAUUUCCAAGAACAAUUAAAAAAGAAAUUAUAUAUCUGUGUUACAGUGUGUUACGAAUGUCUCCAGUAUAUCGUUAUGAU